UACAGAUCUCGACUACAACGCCUUAGUUAACUCCACACAAGGACUUUGGACUUUGCCAAUUGCCACGGACGAACCGCCGAGCGCGCGUGCCAUGGCCUCCUCCUCCUCCUCUUCCUUGUCCCGCCGCUGGCCUCGCGUCCUCGAGGAGACGCCGCCGUCGGACGCGGAGGCCCCGGACUGGGCGGAGCUGCCGCGGGACGCGCUGCUGACCGUGCUCCACAGGCUGGGCCAUGUCGACAUCCUCAUGGGGCCCGGGCAGGUGUGCAGGCCCUGGCGCCGGGCCGCGCGGGACGAGCCGGAGCUGUGGCGCCGCGUCGAGCUGCGCUUCCCCGCCGGCCUCUCCUCCCGCCUCGAUCCCUGCAAGAUGGCGCGCGACGCCAUCCGCCGCAGCUCGGAACAGUGCGAGGCCUUUUUGGCCCAAGGCGCUGUGGACUGCAGCGUCCUCUCCUUCCUCGCCGAUUCAGUUGUUUUGCAGGGCGCUUUCGCUGAAAAGCCUCCGGCUAGUCUCUUGCCAAGGCAUCUACGACAGCAUGAGACUUGCGUCAGUGAUAACAAAGUUCAGUCUUCUCGAGGAGCUGGAGCUGUCAAACUGCUGGGGCGCCUUCCCGGAGACUUGCGCAGCCGUGGGCAAGGCCUGCCCGCUCCUGACGCGACUCCGCCUGAGCAACAAGCGCUUCAUCAAACGCGACCAGAACGUCGUCGGCGGCGAGGCGAGAGCGAUCGCCACGACGAUGCCCGCGCUGCGCUCCCUGCAGCUGUUCGCCAAUCGCCUCGGCAACAGAGGCCUGGUGGCCAUCCUCGACGGGUGCCCGCGCCUGGAGUCGCUUGACAUUCGCCACUGCUUCAACGUCGUGAUGGACGACGACAUGCGCGCCAGGUGCUCCAGGAUCCAGACGCUCAGGCUCCCCCGCGACUCCACGGACGACUACGAUCUCGACUUCUCUUCGCCGGACAUGGAUCCGCCCGGGGAGAGGAGACACCUGGCGGUCUUCUACGAUGACGAAUGGGAGUUCAGUUCGCGGUAGUCGGCAGCGGGACACUGUAUGUUGGCGGCGAGUUGGUUCGCUUGAUCAUUAUGAGAAAAUGCACAGUUUAAUUGUUAUCCCUGAAUAAUUUACAUGCAUAUGUUAACUGCGCCAGAGCACUCGUAUAUAAUACGUAGUAUUUGGUACACCUCUCACUUUAGCAGAAACUGUAUAGCUAGCUGCUAUGCUAGCAGAUAGAUGUAUCAUCUGAUGUUUUCUGUUAUCAUCAGAGGGAACGUACGGCUGUCGCUGUACAUAAAUCUGUUGACAUUUGAAUA